UCUCUCUCCCUCUCCUGUAGAAGCUUUUGGGAGCCUUUAUUUUUAGUAUGAGACAAACCUUGCUUUAUUUCCGGAGACGCAAGUUGGAUUAUAAAUCGUUUUGUAAAUGUGUAUGGUGAUAUUUGCUCCGCUUUUUGCAAUCUUUGCAUUUGCAACAUGCGGUGGGUACUCUGGAGGACUGCGCCUCAGUGUGGACUGUGCGAACAAGUCGGAGAGUGACCUCAACAUUGACAUAGCUUUUGCCUACCCUUUCAGAUUACACCAGGUGAAUUUCGAUGCCCCCACUUGCGAAGGCAAGCGCCGAGAAAAGCUCUCCUUGAUAGGGGACUUCUCCUCCUCGGCAGAGUUCUUCGUCACCAUCGCAGUCUUCGCGUUCCUCUACUCACUGGCUGCCACCGUGGUUUAUAUCUUCUUCCAGAACAAGUACCGUGAAAACAACAGAGGGCCCCUGGUUGAUUUCAUUGUGACAGUGGUCUUCUCCUUCUUGUGGCUAGUGGGCUCAUCUGCUUGGGCCAAGGGGCUGUCGGAUGUAAAGAUUGCGACGGAUCCGGAUGAAGUGCUAUUGCUGAUGUCAGCCUGCAAACAGCAGUCCAACAAAUGCUUGCCUGUCCGCAGUCCUGUUAUGUCGAGCCUAAACACCUCGGUUGUCUUUGGAUUCUUGAACUUUAUCCUCUGGGCAGGCAACAUUUGGUUCGUCUUUAAGGAGACGGGCUGGCACUCGUCGGGCCAGAGGCACGCCGCGGACACCAUGGAGAAGCAGUCCGGCGGCUACGGCCAGGGCGGCUACAACCAGGACAGCUACGGCCCCGCGGGUGGCUACAACCAGCCCGGCACCUACGGCCAGGUGGGCGAGUACGGCCAGCAGCAGGGCUACGGCCAGAGCGGGCCGACCUCCUUCGCCAACCAAAUCUAGCGCAGCCCUCGCGCGCAGCGAGUUUCACGGGUCUCAGUUUCAGCGGCACCAGGUUUUCUUUCGGGGGGUCUAAAUCGAUACUACGACGCGGUGGUUCAUGUCAGCCGAAGACCUCGCGGUGCCUCCUGAGGUGGCGGGGAGGUGGCCGGUGUGCCGGAGGCGGCGCUUCGUCCCCGCGUGGCCCGGUGCGGCCGGCGCGCUCGUCGCUGGUGGUGACCUGGCGUCAGUCUUGUAGUAUGUACCGUAGAGAUAACCUUAUGGUAGUUUUGUAUGUGUUACGAUGGUAGAAGCGUUUUGUAGCCUCGAGUCUGUAGUAUUUAUUAUGCAUACAAUAACUGGAUUUCCUUCUGCAUUUUGGUGAAAAAACAACAGUGUUUUGCUAUUAUUUCUACAGAUAAUUCUGUAUAUCCAUGCAUGUAACAUUGCUCCUAAAUUUUCAAAACUGCCUGUCUGUGACUAUUCAGAGCAUUCGUUUUGAUUAUAUCUUUUGUUUCAGAAGAUUUUACUAUUAUUUCACUUAAGUCAUCCGUAAUUUAGUGCAUGGAUAAGCAGUUUCAUAUUACCAAAUGUUUGGACCGUGUAAAUGGAGCUUCUCAACUUCUGCCACUACAUUUUGUCAAAUGUAUGUUUAAAAGAAGUAUGCAUCUUUUAUAUAUUUUGCAGAGUUGAAUAUAUGGCUUACCGAAGUUCUGAAUGCUUUGUAACUAAAAUGUUUUUCCUUGAAAUGGCAUUCAGUAGUCUAUAUGGUACCUGACCAAUGUUUAUUCUAUUUAACUAAGCUAAGUAUUCAUUCUAUAAAUCACUAUUUCUAUGGGUGUUUUGUGAAUCUUUUAAUGUGAGCUGUGAAGAAUAAGGACCAAGUAACUGUGUUAUAUGUUUACAAAGGUAUUUAUUUAACUAAGAUAACAGAGGUGCAGAUAUCAGUACACAAAACCAUGUGAAAGUCCCCUAUGCUUUAUAGAGCAAAACAGGGGAAAUGCAUGUAUUGUUAAUACUCCUUUAUGCCCUCUUAUAAUAAAAAAGUCCUUCUAUCCAUGCUGUUUAAGAAUUGUCAGAUAUCCCUCUGCCCAUCGCUGCUCUGAGCGUUAGCUUGGUGCUACCAGAGAAUGUAACCAGAUCGACCAAAUAGCCCAGGUUCAAAGGAAUUCACCUUAAAACACCCGGGCCAGACCUGUAGCCUGUCCAGAUUUCUCCCCGGAGAAUUGAGCCCUCCCUUACAACAGCAUAUGGGAUCCAUUGCAGCACCGUCUUUUCUAACACAAUUUAAAGGCUGAAGCACAAUAUACUAAUAAAAACUGAUCAUCUGCAUUUCUAAAUAAAAGUGUAACAGUAUAUAAUCUUAUUGUAUGAGCUGUAAUGUUGAAAGCAUCUUAGCUUAAAUGGCUUAGUCUCUUCUAUGAUUGUUGUAACCAAUUUAUGGCUACUCGGUGGAUGAAUCUAUAUUGUGAUAUCUAU